AAAUGCAAGGAAUGAGGACCUUUUCAUUGAAGGGAAUCUCGAUCGGAAGAGCUCAUCUGAAACACAUCUAUUUAGCAAAUGAUCGACUUGUGGUGUUGUCACGCUUCAUGUCUGGCACACAAAUGGAAGAACAUGGAUAUGAUAGCUCAAUUAUUGCUGAUAUUCAGAAAGCAAAAGAUAAAAGUGCAGCUGGCUCCUGGCUUUUGUGCAUUGCAGAUGACACUGCAUAUGAUGUUGCGAAGUUGAUGACACAUCAUAAUGCUGCAGCCUUGGUCGUGAAGUCCAGAGAACUGAAGUCCAUUGCAGGAACCAUAAUCAAGACAGGGUCAAUGCUUGGUGGCGGCUUUGUCAAUGCCAAUUUGAAUUCAAAGUCUCCUAAAUUUACUGGUUCCACCAGAGAUUUUUCCACCCUUGUCAACAAUGAUUCACUACAUACCAGCCCACACAUGGAUGUGAGAAGGGUUCAUUCUGACAAUUUUAACCUUAUACACGACAAAGUUCAACCAGUAGACUUUACCAAAGUUGAUAUUGAUGAUCUUCCAACAGUUAUCAUAGUCGGUCGACCAAAUGUGGGCAAGUCGGCAUUGUUCAACCGUUUAAUUCGGAGGAGGGAGGCUCUUGUGUAUAACACUCCGGAGGACCAUGUGACAAGAGACAUACGAGAAGGCAUUGCCAAGUUGAGUGAUCUAAGAUUUAGAGUGUUGGACUCUGCUGGUUUGGAGAUGGCUGCAUCUUCUGGCUCAAUCCUGGACAGAACCACGACUAUUAUUGCGAAGGUUCUUGCUAGGUCUCAGUUUGCCAUCUUUCUGAUAGAUGCUAGAGUUGGUUUGCACCCGUUGGAUUUGGAAGUUGGGAGGUGGCUGCGGAAACAUGCACCUGGGAUGAAACCAAUAGUCGUUAUGAAUAAAUCGGAAUCGCUGGAUGAUGAUGAUGGCUCUCUUGCUGUUUUAGCUGCAGAAGCCAGCAGACUGGGGUUUGGCGAUCCUAUUGCUAUAUCUGCUGAGACUGGUUUAGGCAUGGCAGAACUAUAUGUAGCUCUUAGGCCUCUCCUUGAGGAUUAUAUGAUUGAUGUUCUGAAUGAUCGUGACAGUGCUUCUAAUGAGAAGAGUUGUCCCAAAUCCAAUGAGGUUGAGGAGUCUAAGUUGCCUCUCCAGCUUGCAAUAGUUGGGAGACCUAAUGUUGGAAAGUCUACAUUGUUGAAUACUUUGUUACAAGAAGAUCGCGUUCUGGUUGGUCCGGAAGCUGGUCUAACAAGAGAUUCAAUUAGGGCUCAUUUUCAAUUUCAAGGCAGAACUAUCUAUCUGGUUGACACAGCAGGAUGGUUGCAAAGGACAAAGCUAGAAAAAGGACCAUCUUCCUUGAGUAUCAUACAGUCCAGAAAGAAUCUUAUGCGUGCUCAUGUGGUAGCUUUAGUCCUUGAUGCAGAAGAGAUUGCUGAAGCACAACGAAGCAUGAAGCAUGCCGAAGUGGUCAUAGCCAGACAAGCUGUAGAAGAAGGACGUGGGUUGGUUGUGAUUGUCAACAAGAUGGAUGUCCUUAGAGGGAAGAAGAACUCGACGUUAUAUGAAGAGGUGAUGAAAGCUGUUCCAGAAGAAAUCCAGACUUUGAUUCCCCAGGUGAAGUCUGUACCUGUUGUUUUCAUGUCUGCAUUGGAGGGUAGGGGCAGGAUGGCUGUCAUACACCAGGUCGUCGAUACAUAUGAGAAAUGGUGUCUAAGACUGCCAACGGCCCGUCUUAACCAUUGGUUGCAUAAGGUUAUGAGCAGGCACUCUUGGAAAAAUCAGGCUGCCCAGCCCAAGAUCAAGUACUUCACUCAGGUGAAAGCUAGGCCACCUACUUUUGUCGCCUUUGUCAGCGGGAAGACACAGCUCUCAAACACAGACCUCAGGUUUUUGACGAGGUCGUUGGAGGAAGAUUUUGAAUUAGGUGGAAUUCCGAUCAGGAUCAUACAGCGGUCAUUUCUAAAAAGAGAUGGCUGUAGCUUUAGAAUUAGUAGCCAAUCUUCAAGCAAAAUGGCAGAAAGAAUCUCGUCAGACAAGAGAGCAGCUGCUGCUUAGGGAAUAACUCUUCUAGCUUGAGAAUUUUGUGGGUAUUUGAAGUUGGCACCUACCUCUUUGGGCAAAAAGGAGAUAAUGUAUGGAGGUGCCGGAAUGUAAGGUGAAAAAAAAUGCAAUGCAAUCUUACUGGCUGCUAGGUGCCAAGUAAGAAAAGAAAAAAUCUUACUGGCUGGUGGAGUCGAUCUUGGAAAACAAUAGCCAUAUGUACAGAAUUUUGUCAGAUAUUUGGAAAGGAAUUUUGUUGGCAUAU